AUGAAUAGGGAUAGAAUUAAAAACAACCCUGGAUGGGCAGCAUUUGACCUCAAGCAUAAAAGGAAGCAGGAGGGUUUAAGCCCUGAAAUUGAUAUAGAGCCGUACCCCAUGUUAUCUGGACUUGUUUCCAGUGAAAGCUUUUUGAAGAAAGAUCAGUUGCUGUUAGAGAGGCCUUUUUCAUCUGUCCUCGUCACUUCUGUGAAUUUUCCUUCAAUUGGUACUUCUAGCAAAGACUUGGGCAAGCACGUACCAGUUACUGAUAAUUAUUUGGGUACUACUCAGAGCAACAAUGUUGUCUUUAGAGAAGAUGAAAAGGGUAGAAAUAUUGUUGAGCUUUGUAAGAAGCUUAACAAGCUUCACCCUUGGGCUGAUGAAAGCUUGAUUAAGGAUGUUAUGAUUGGUGUAAGCAAUGAUGUUGACAAGGCCUCGACUAUACUGGAGGCUAUGGUUAGCUCUGAGAACAAGGAUAUGAAAAACAAGCUAGUUGAGUUGAAUCAUGAGAAUAAUAUCGCAUCCUUGGCUAGUGAAGCCUUCUCUUUUGGAGGGACAACUGAUCAUCCAGGACCUACCUGGUUUAAUGAUGUAUGCCUUAAUGAAAUUAGUAAAGCAAUGAUGGACAAUCACACUUUUUUUGAGAAAAUGCUUCCUUGUGAUGGGAGAAAUUCGAACUUUAAACUGGAUGCUACCAAGUUCUCACUGCUGGAACCUGAGUGGGAAGAGGAUGAUUUUUACCUAAUCCAUCGAAAAGAUGCAGUGAAGAUGAUGAGAUCAGCAUAUCGUCAUUCCAAGGCAGCAAAUGAUGCCUAUCAUAGAGGAGAUCACUUAUCUGCCCAACAUUUCUCGAUGAAAGCCCGUGAAGAAUGGAAUGCUGCAGAACAGCUUAAUGCUAAGGCAGCAAAAGAAAUCCUGCGUAUCAGGAAUUGUGAAAAUGAUCGGUGGACAUUGGAUUUGCAUGGUCUGCACGCAGCAGAAGCUGUUCAAGCACUGCAGGAACAUUUACAUAAGGUUGAAUCCUUGAAGUCAUCAAACUGCUUGGCAACACCUGAUGCAGUCCACAAGGAAUCAGCCACAGUGCUUUCUGCGUCUAUGGAGUCUCUAACUCGUAAUGACCUAGAGAAGUUGCGGAAACAGCCAUUACUGAAGCAGAGACAAAACCUAGUACAAGUCAUAACAGGAAAAGGUAAUAAUAGCAAGGGAGCAGCUGCACUUCCACCUGCUGUCAGAAAUUUUCUUACAGAGAACGGGUAUCAUUUUGACGAUGCUAGGCCUGGGGUAAUUACAGUAGUGCCCAAGUUUCGUCAACAGUGA